UGAUUUCCCUCGCCCUGCCGGUGAAAAAUUGGCCAGCGAACGGUUCCCUGGAAUAACGGCCUACCGAUCAGGGCCAAGACGAACGACGAGGUGCACCUCGGUUCCAGGAAGCUCUCGCCCGCGGCAAAGUGUGUCCUCUUCCCGUCGAACUCUUUACUAAUUCGGGAGUUGGUGUUUCACUCUAUUCAUCAGAGUAAGGUCAUGGCAGCAGUGCUGACGUCACCCUCCGCUCUCCCCGAGCCUUCCCCCGCUGAUCUGUGCGCCCUGCGCCGGCAGCUGGCCGGCAACGAGACGGCGGCGGCGCUGUUGGAGCGGGUGAGGGCGCGCGGAGAGGCGCGGGGAAGCGUGCGGACGGGGUUCGGCGCGGUGGACGGGCACCGGGGCGUGGCGGAAGGGGGAAGCGGGGGAGUGGCGGAGGUGGUGGGCGGCAGUGGUAGCGGCAAGACUGAAGUGCUCAUGCGGCUAGCAGCGGCGCAUCUCCUGCCAUUGCCAGCGCGCCCCUCCCACCCACCUGCCGCUCCUGCUCGCACUGGCGGUGCGCGGGUGGGUGCCGCUGCUGCUGCUGCUGGCAACGGCGCGCAUAAAUGGGCGGUGGCGGGCGCGGUGGUGGUGUACGCGGACCUGGACCUGCGCUUCCACAUGCCGCGCUUCACAGCCGUGCUGCACGCCAGAGCCACACAGUGCGUGCAUGACACCACGGGGUCGUCAGCGCAACCAUGCCAGCAGCAGCAGCGCGUGGAGGGUCUGGUGCAAGCAGCACUGCACCGCUUCCAUCUGAUGCCGUGUCGCAACACAUGCCACUGGCUCGCAUGCCUCAAGUCGCUGUCGUCCUUGCUGCCCUCGUGGCAGGCACAGCACCAGGUGCCCAUCUGUGGGGAGGGCAGCAGCGGUGCGGGGUUGGACGAAGAGAUGGGGGAAGUGGCGAGGGACGGCAAUGGCAGCGGGCAGGUGGAGCGAGUGGAGGGAGGAGGGGUGGGCGAAGCGAGUGGGUUACAGGGCGAGGAGGGAGUGAGUGCAGGUGACGCGGCAAUGAGGAAUGGGGGCGCAGAGUGUGGUGGGGAAGGGGCCCAAUGGGUGCAGAGGAGCUGGUUCAGCCCUGAGGCUGGUGCACGGCACCAUGGCACCCCGUCUUCUCGCUGGCACUGCCCUCCUCUGCUGCUCAUCGACUCCAUUGGAGCCUUCUACUGGUUGGACCGUGCGGUUCCCCCGGCCCACGCACCCAGCGACCAUGGAGGCAGGCUGCUGACGUGGGUGACAGCUGCUGAGGUGGCAGCGCGUGAGCUGCACCAGCUGUCACAGUCUCACGGAGUGGCGGUGGUUGCUGCAAGGACAGCCAUCUUCGGUGGCCGCACCCUGCCACCUGCUGCCAUGGCUGCUGCCGCUCCUGACUCGUCCAAUGUGCUAGUGGAUUCUGCUGCUGCGCCUGUGGUGCCAGCGCAUGUGCCACCGCGCGAGUACAUGCCUGCUGCUUGGCAGGCCCUUGUGUCACACCGCCUCUCUCUCGCGGGUCCAUUCUCGCCCGCCGAUCCCUUGCAGCCCUCCCAGUCGCAGCCAGCCCCCACGCAAGAGCAACACCCCUCGCCACAGCUCUUCUCCGCGUGCUGGAUGUGUCCAUCGCACGCCUCACGUGCGCACCUGCCAGCGCAAGCCCGCCAGGGGGGCAGGGUGCCGGUGUGCGACCAAAGGGAGCAAGGCGCAGCAGACACGCCACUCUCUGGUGCUGCCUGCACGUUAUUCCACAUCACUGAGGCUGGUCCAUGUUCCCUGCCAACGUGACAUCUCACCUCCUCCCAUGCGCCAUGCCACCUGCACGUCAACACCUCUUGCUGCUCUCUCUCCAGUCCAGAUGCCUGCUGCUGCUCCUCUGCGUAGCCUGCAUUGCGACACCUCAAUGUGUGGGUGUCAGGGCCCAAAAUUGGUUUUAGGCCACUCUUUGAGAUCAGAGUAGGAAAAAAAAAAUGCCCUGACGGUCAGAGCUAAAAAAAUUCUAAGUCUGAUUUGGCAGGGUAAAAAAAUUCGAAGUCUUUGCUUCAAGUGUAGAACUCUU